CUUGUUUCAUUUUUUUCUUCUCUUCCCUAUGAUCCUCUGCCUUGUUUCUCAAAUUCCAAUCGUUGAGAUCAUAUGAUAACUGUCUUUCUCUGAUUGACUUUGAAACAGGCUUCUUAAAAGUAUGAAAAGGUAUCAUUUCAUCCCACUCUAAUCCUUUCUGUGUUCAGUCAACUUCUAUUUAUUGUGACUUUUUUAGAAUGACUUUGGCUUGAUCAUUCUUAUUAAAUCAGUUCAUGUUGUCAGCCUCUCCUUGUGCUGCAGUACCUGACCCUGUGCUUGUGUGAUUGAGUGAUUUAGAAAUGUUCCAAAAUCAGUCCUCACCAGUUAUUUCAUUAUUUACUAUGUCCUUGAUUUUGUGCCCCUCUUUUGAGGAUAAUGGUGCAGGCAUCCCAUGCUCCUGCCUCCUGAUCUGAAGCCUUCGACUUACCAUAACAUGUGUUCUUCACUGUAGUCCUGCAGUAUUUCAUAAUUAAAGCAAACUGGAGUCCUAUGCACAGAAUAUGCAAUCUAGAGAAAUUUUUAUUGUUUUAUAGAGUUGCUAAUAAUAAUCUCUAGGUCAGUAUGGCUUCUUUUUCUUACUAGUUUUCUUAACUACCUAUUUCUCUUCCUCUGCAUAGUGCCUCUUAGCUUGUAACUUAACUAGUUAGUAAAUACAACUUUAUUCUUAAGUAAAGAUUAAGGUAAUUGAUCCUUAGGGAAGCCCUUGCAUGUGGUGUCCAGGAGUCAUGAAAGUGGGUUGCUUAGGAAAAUGAAUGAAGUUAUUAUACUGUUAGACAGGAGUGAGGGUGGCAGUGGUUAUUUACAGAGAAGGGAAAUAUGGAUAGGUAAAAGAGCAGACAGGGAAUUAGGAAGAGAUUAUGGGCUCUGAACCUGCUUCGUCUGCUGUCACUGUGGAAGUCGGAGGUGGCCGUAGAAGUUGAUGCCAGGAGGGAUGCUAGGGGUUGGAGAUGAGCCUGUGUUGGCAGGUGAGGUGGUAUAAGUAUGAAAAGAAAAGGAUCUAGGACAGAAUAAUAGAAGACAGACACAGGGCAAGUGACCCAAGAGAAACCAGAGAAGGAUGAGUUUGACAAGUAAGAGGAAAACCAAGAGAAAGAUAUUCCAGAAGCCAAAGGAAGAGUGAAGCUUCAUGGCAUCACAUGUUUUAGGAUUAAGGGCUAAAUAAAAAGAGACCACUACCUUUGUCAGGUAGGGGGAUCAUGAGUUAAAUACCUCACAAGAGCAUGUUAGCAGAAAGGCGAGGGAGGAGGCCUGACUGCGGUGGAUUGAGGAGUGACUGGGAAACGGCACACAGACCACGUGCUCAGUGUAUCCUCUUCCUUUUGGAUCAGAGAUGGAGCACAUACAAAUGAAAACCUGAGCGUGUCCAUAAGGUGAGGUAGGGACAGGGGAAAUUGGUUAAACAUAUGGGAGCAGGUGUCCACAGGGUCUGAGAAGGAAUGACAGCAAUAACCAGGUGGGAUGGGUUUGCCAGGAAAAGGCACAAGGACGCCUGCUUCUCCAAGACAAGAGGGAAGACCAUUGGAAAUGCUAAAGGCAGAUAUUUGUGAAAGGAAGGGAGAGAAGUUGGGAGUAUUCUACCUGGCAGCGUCUCUCCUCACCGUGAGGUAGGGAGCUAUGCUAGCAAGUAAGGGGGACUGGAAGAAAGUGGGAAGGGAUAUUAGGACAGGGUCAACACCCUGAGUUGUCAGGAGUGACUCCGACUAGGAAUAAUUACAGUAGUUUAGUUCAUCAGAGGAUGAAAACGUGACAUUUAUGACGGCUCCACCUCAGCACAGCUACCUGCCUUGCUUCAGUGGUGCUUAUCAAUUCCGGCACAGGACUGGAGAGCGUCUGUGCAAGUAAUCCAAGUUGUGGAUGGCCCCAUGGUGGGGGCCGACUGACUGUCUGGAGCAAGCAAACUGAGGACUUUGUUACAGAAUGCACAAAAUGUUUGGGUAAGUACUGGACCAGGAGUCCAGCCUUCUGGUGCCCUGAUGCCAACAAGCAUUCCCCACUCAGAAGAAGUUGGGAAAUAACGGCAGAUAGUUUUCUCAUCUAUUCUUUGGUUUCUUUCAUCCCUAGAAAUGUUUUUCUACUUUUGUUAUGGCAUUUGAAUGUGGUUUUUAAGUAUAUUCAAUAAAAAAUAGAUAAAAUAAAAGCAUAUUCAGUAAGAUGUCAUCACUGUCUCCUAUGAGUGGGGGGAAAAUCAGGCAUUGGGAAAGCAUGGAACUCACAGCAGCUGGCCCGUGUACCAUAGUUUGGUCUUUUUAAUAAAGAACUCUCAAUGUGAUUCCCAACGUUGAAACUAGCGAUUGAUAUUCAGGCUAUACAAUAUAAGACUUGAAAAAGCCCCUUGAAAUAUUAUGGCAAUAUCAGUAAGAAGUGUUUUUAUCUCAUUCCUUAUUUUUAAAAAAUGCAUGUGCACAUCUGUCCCUUUAACAGCUUGCAUACUUCAGGAAGCUAAAACCUUUAUAAAGCACGUCAAGAAGUCCUACACACUGGCCCUUGUUUAACUGUGUUCACAGUUUUCCCUGCUCAGUACUGGAAUUGUGUAGGAGAAAGUGUUCACUAUCAACUGUUCUCUAUGAAUAGGGAUGUGUGUGGAUUGAAAGAAAAACUAUAUGCUCUGGUGUUAUCUGGUAAAGGAAAGAAAGAAGAGUAACCUAAGAGUUCUCAUGCCAGCCUCAACUGCCAUCUAAAGUAAUUACAAGAAUCUGUCGUCACCUCACACAGUGACUCGAGGAACCAGAGGUCGGCAGAUUGGCAGGCCAGGUGUCAACUGUGAGCAGCAGAAAUGCAUAAAAACAGCUGGCAGUAUAGAAGACGUGGGAGAAGGAGCCACCAGCAGAACCCUUGGUUCAGACAACAGGGUUCUGAAGAGAGGGGUAACUCAGUGGCACAGCAAACCUCACAGGAUUCUGGCCACGUCGGCGAUGACGAGGCCCCAUCGACCUCAUCCGGCACAGCUGGGAGUUCUUCCGUGCCAGAUCUGCCAGGGUAUUACUUUGACCCUGAAAAGAAACGCUACUUCCGCUUGCUUCCUGGACAUAACAACUGCAACCCCCUCACGAAGGAGGGCAUCCGGCAGAAGGAGAUGGAAAGCAAAAGGCUGCAGCUGCUGGAAGAAGAAGACAAGCAGAAAAAGAAAAUAGCCAGAAUGGGCUUUAAUGCAUCUUCAUUGCUACAGAAAAGCAAGCUGGGAUUUCUCAAUGUCACCAGUUACUGCCGUUUAGCUCAUGAGCUGCGAGUGAGCUGCAUGCAGAGGAAAAAGGUCCAGAUUCAGAGCUCGGAUCCCUCCGCUUUGGCAAGCGACCGAUUUAACCUCAUACUGGCGGAUACCAACAGUGACCGGCUCUUCACAGUGAAUGAUGUCAAAGUCGGAGGCUCCAAGUAUGGCAUCAUCAGCCUGCGAGGUCUGAAGGCCCCCUCGCCCAAGGUGCAUAUGCACGAAAACCUCUACUUCACCAACCGGAAAGUUAACUCUGUGUGCUGGGCCUCGCUGAAUCACCUGGAUUCCCACAUUCUGCUGUGCCUCAUGGGAAUCGCAGAGACCCCAGGCUGUGCCACCCUGCUCCCUGCGUCGCUGUUCGUCAGUAGUCAUCCAGGUACCAAGUCCUUUCCCUUCAGAGGAGGCGGCGCUCCGAGGGAGGUCUCGGUCCCUGCCUCCCAGGAGCCGCAGCCCACAACGGUAUAGACUCUGUGGUGCAGGCUCGGACAAGAGGGGUGGGACCACGGGCUGGACGAGCCCAAGCCAGCCUGCAGCAGCACUUGUAAUAGAAUUCCUGAAACCUGACCCAGGAUUUGUACCAGAAGUGCGUACGUCUUUACACACCCCUCCUUUCGGGUCACCUCAGCAGCCAGAACAGUUAACAGUACAAGAGAGCAGAGUAUUUAUUUGGGCUGCCCGUACAGAUCGUGCAGAAAAGCCUGGCGCCUGCUGCUGGCGAUGCUCACAAUGUGUGGGCCUGAGCGCAGUCUGACUUCUUCCUCGCAGCAUUCUGGGUAUGAAGUUUGCAGUCUUUCAGAGACUUAGGAUCCAUUAGAUAAGGGUCAGGCCUCUAAGAGAGUGGGCCUUCGGGCAGACCUGGCCCGAAUCCCGGCUCUGCCCCUUACCAGCGUGAACAGGCUGCUUAAAUCCUGUGAAAAGAACUCCCACCUUCCAUGGAGGAUUAAAGGAGUGAUACACACUCAGCCUGGGGCCUGACAUUUCUUCGUGAGCAGGCAUAUGUGGCAGGAGUGUGGAUAUCACCAUUUUUACAGAUGAGGAAGCUGAGGCAAAGAGAGGUUCAGAACCUGCCUUACAAAAGUGAUCAGCGGUGUCCCAAGUCAGGAUAGUGGUUCCCUCUAGGCAAGAGUGGGGAGGUCGUAAUUGGGAGGGGUAUCAGGGUACUGGAAUGUUUUGCUUCUUAACCUCAGUGGUGGUCACGUGUCUAUUUACUUUGUGAUAACUCACACUGUAUAUUUGGGGUGUGUGCCCUUUAUGUAUUAUUAAAAG